AUUCCAGACAUCGAUGACUGUGCUCUUGGACCUUGCCAAAAUGGAGCUACUUGUGUGGAUAGGGUAAAUGACUACAAUUGCACCUGUGUCGUCGGAUAUACGGGAAAGAAUUGCAGCAUUGGUAAGAAUACUUUGUAAAUUACACAACCUUAAAACAAAGAAAUUCAAUAUAAGAAAAUAAGACCAAUCAUUAAUCUCGAGAAUCUUUAACUUAAGAUAUAGAUGAUUGUGCUGAUAGACCUUGCCAAAAUGGAGCAACUUGUAUGGAUGGCGUAAAUGACUACAAUUGCACCUGUGUUGUCGGAUAUACGGGAAAGAAUUGCAGCCUUGGUAAGGAAAUUUUGUAAAUUGCGAACCUAUCUGCAAAAAAGCUAUUCUAUGUAUAACAGCAAAACGUAAUUCUAAAAAUCUAUUCAAGAUAUAGAUAACUGUGCAGAUGGACCAUGCCAAAAUGGAGGCACAUGUACAGAUGGUGUGAAUGACUAUAGUUGCACCUGUGUCGCUGGAUUCAAGGGAAAGAAUUGUAGCAUUGGUAAGAAAAUAUUGAAAAUUUCGAACUUAUUCGAAAAAAGGCAAUUUAAUAUAUAGCACCAAAAUGAAAGUCCAGAAAUCUUUUAUCCAAGAUAUAGAUGACUGUGCAGAUGGACCAUGCCAAAAUGGAGCCACAUGUACAGAUGGUGUAAAUGACUAUAGUUGCGCCUGUGUGGCUGGAUACACAGGGAAGAAUUGCAGCGUUAGUAAGAAUAUUUUGUCAGCUGAAAAAUUUCAAACUGUAUGUAAUUCAAUCAUAAAACAAAUUUGGAAUCUCAAGAAUCUUUGGUGAAAGAUACUGAUGAUUGUGCCCAAAGACCAUGCCAAAAUGGAGCUACUUGUAUGGAUGGCAUGCAUGAUUACAAUUGCACCCGUGUGGCUGGAUUCACGAGAAAGAAUUGCAGCCUUGGUAAUAAUUCCUUGUCAACUGCAAUAAUUAAAAUUAAAUCAAAAUAUGAUCAAAAUAAGACAAACCUUUAAUGUCAAGAAUCUCUUACUUAAGAUAUAGAUGAUUGUGCAUUGGGACCGUGCCAAAAUGGUGCAACUUGUACCGAUGCUGUGAAUGACUACAAUUGUUACUGUGUCACCGGAUACACAGGAAAGAACUGCAGUGUAGGUAGGAAUAUUUUGUCAUCUGGAAACUAACAAAAUAUACGUAUAUGUAUUUCAACACAACAAAAAUUAAUCUCGAGUUUUUUUAGUUCAAGAUACAGAUGAUUGUAUCCAAAGACCAUGCAAAAAUGGAGCCACUUGCACAGAUGGGGUAAAUGACUAUUCUUGCAGCUGUGUCGCCGGAUACACGGGGAAAAAUUGUACCGUUGGUAAGAAGGCUUGUAAAAUAUACCUUAUUCAAAACAACACGAAACGGUUAAUUAACAUCUUUUUUUUUUUCUCAAGAUAUAGACGAUUGUGCUAAUGGACCAUGUCAAAAUGGAGCAACUUGUACGGAUAAUGUAAAUGACUACACCUGCACAUGUUUCACUGGUUUUACGGGGAGGAAUUGUACUGUUGUCAUUGCUGGUAAAAAUACUUUGUCAUAUGAAAUAGUAUAUUAUUUUUAAAUAAUAAUAAAAAAUAUUUAUUAUUAUUAUCAUAACUGCGAGGAUCUUUCUCCUAUUUUAUCUUUUCCUGCAGCUUAUGUAAAAUCCUCUUUGUUUGAAGGAGACUUGUUACAUAGUUUUAAGUGAUAAUUUUAGCUCUGAAAAUAAUUUUUAAUUAGAAUUCAAAAUAGGGAGUUGACUUGUAUAGUUACUUUAAAAGCCUAUGGCUUUAUACAAUACUUAUAACUGGUACACAUCAAUAUAGUACUUUGAUAUCACCCCUCCCUGUCUUCAGAAAUUUAUUACCCUUUUUUAUGACUAUAAUUUUUUAGGUCAUAAUUGUGCCCCCCUCAAAGUCCUUUCUCCACCCCACCCUCUUAAAAUAUUCAUAAUAAAAGCAGCCUGGUCGAUCACACACAACCUUUAAAACUAAUAAAAGUAUCAACGAAUUAUAUUUUGUUCUAGGUCUUGAGAAGACCAGUCUUCAAGAAUAUUUCACAGGAAAAAAAGAUUGGGUUUUGAUUAAUCACGUGAUGAAAAAUAUUUGGACUUCAAGCGAAAUAACUUGUGCGAUGUUUUGUAUACGGGAUUUAAAGUGUCAGUCAAUCAAUUUCAAAAGCAAAUCACAGGACAGAGACCAAAGUGCUACAAAAGGAAAAAAGACUCCAAACUGCGAGCUCAAUAAUGCAAGAUACAUGAGUCAUCGCAACGACUUCAUUGCACAUAAAGGAUACUUUUACUAUCACAUUACUUACAAGUGGAUUUAA